UUUCUGAAAGAAUUGACUCUUUGUGUUUACUCAGAGCUGAGACACUGGAGUGUGAACUGGAAACUUCAGAGCAUUCGAAGGGACCCACUGGAUGGCUUUGAACCAUUCUAAAGUUAGAUCCUAUCUGCAGCUGCCUCUGCCCAUCGGCUGUGCUUCUGUCUCCCGUGGACCUCCCUGAAAGAAGUUGGAAGAGGUCCCAGUGCAGACAGCCACAUGGAGACUCCUGAAGCCAGACUACAGACCUGACUUGUUGAGUGGAUUUAGUUCAUCUUCAGUCUGUUUCCUCCUAAACUUCUCAGAGAUGCAGAGAGAUUUCUGGAAAUGAACCUGCCCCGAAGGGAAGUUACAUUUUCAUUUUGAAUGAAAAGUAAGCAAGUGACAGAAACCACCCGACUUGACCACACCUGGAGUCAGUGGCCUGGGGAUACCAGUUGGGGACAGAGAAGUGCUUCUAGGAGGAAUACCAGAUGAAGAGGAUGAGGCCAGCUGGAGAUUAAAUGGCCACCGCCACUCCCCCAGAGACAAAGUCAGCCUCAUGGUGGAACUACUUUUUUCUGUAUGAUGGUUCCAAGGUAAAGGGAGAAGGAGACCCAACCAGAGCUGGCAUCUGCUACUUCUACCCUUCCCAGACCCUUUUGGACCAACAGGAACUGCUCUGUGGCCAGCUUGCUGGAGUUGUGCGCUGCCUGUGGGACCUUUCUGGGACCCCGCCCACGCUUAUCCGUCUGCGGAAGCUCAAGUUUGCUGUCAGGGUGGAUGGCGACCACCUGUGGGCUCUGGGCUGUGGUGUGGAGCUCUCUGAUGUCAGCUGCAGGCAGUUUCUGGAUCAACUCAUUGGAUUCUUUCAUUUCUACAUGGGCCCUGUCUCCCUGGCCUACAAGAACCGUCCUCAGGAGGAGCUGUGCUUGCAGUGGGACACUGUCAUCACACAGGUCCUCAGGAGCACCAGUGAGUCCCACAGGAUCUUCAACGCCCUGUGGAAUCUGGACCACACCAAAGUGGAGCCCCUGCUGCUGCUGAAGGCAGCCCUCAUCUUACAGACCUGCCAGCGCUCGCCCCAUGUCCUAGCUGGCUGCAUCCUCUAUAAAGGACUGAUUGUGAAUUCCCAGCUUCCUCCUUCCCUCACCGCCAAGGUCCUGCUUCAUCAGACUGUCCCUGCAAACCAGGGCCUUCCUGGAGCAGGGUCUUCCCCACAGGAUGCAGGAGCAGCAUUGCCGCCUAACGUGCAGAUCACCCCGGUUUUUCUGAGUGAGGAGGAAAUCGCUAGCCUCCACGAGUUCACAGUGGAGCAGGAGACUAGACUCCAGGAAAGUUCAUCUCAGUACCCUCCCUGGGAUCGAAGCACCCCUACCCAGACAGAAGAUGCCACUAGGUGUGUGGCAUCUGUGGCCUGGACGUCAGCCGCCAUUCUGGAGCCCACACCUCAUGAUGGAGCAUGGCUGAAUGGCAGGGGGGCAGAUGGACACUUGCUUGGGCAGGAGCAGGAGCAGGAGCAGGCUGCAGCUGCAGGACUGUGCACCACUGCCCGUGGCCAGGGUUCUGGCAUCAGCAGCAGGCUGCAGCAGGAGCUGGGUUUUUCCCAAGAGGCACUGGACUUAUCUGAAAUCCACAUCUCUGAGGCUCAGGAAGCCUCCCCACCCGUGCCUGCCCUAGGUGAUCUAGAAGCUGUCAUCACCAGCCACCAGGCCCCCACUCUGCCUGAAGACACAGCAGUGUACAGCUGCCUGGACCCUUCCCCUCCUGAGAGGCCCCCCGAGAGCGGAGGGCUGGAGUCGCUUGCAGACCUUCCCAUCACCAAUGGCCAAACCCAAGUUCCUGGCACAGACCCUCUCCCCAGAAGAAGCUGUAGGCCUGUGGUGCUUCCUCCUCAGGAUCCUGUGGGUGCAGAGCCCAGUGUGGAGCAGUGUGAGGGUGGAAGCCAUGACAGCCAUGGAGCCCCAGCGAGCACUUUGCAUUCACCUGACUCUCAGGGUCCCAGCACCUCUGCAGACAGAAGUGGCUUCAGGCCGUCCCCAGCUGGGCCCCAUGCAGGGCUCUGGCCUAUGAACCUAUACAUUCACAGUGUGAAUGGCCUGGUCCUAUCCCUGCUGGCUGAGGAGCCUCUUCUCAGAGACAUGGCAGCCAUCGAGGAGGUGUACCACAGCAGCCUGGCAUCCCUGAAUGGGCUGGAAGUCCACCUGAAGGAGACACUACCGAGAGACGAGGCUAGCCUCACAAGCAGCUCAUACAACUUUGUGCAUUAUGACCGAAUCCAGAGCGUGCUCACAGCCAACCUGCCACUAGUGGCUGCUCCCCAGGACCGCCGCUUUCUGCAGGCCGUCAGCCUCAUGCACUCCGACUUCACCCAGCUGCCGAUGCUGUACGAGAUGACCGUCAGGAACGCCUCCACAGCUGUGUACGCCUGCUGCAACCCUGCCCAGGAGACCUACUUCCAGCAGCUGGCACCCACUGCCCGCAGCUCUGGCUUCCCGAACCCUCAGGACUGUGCCUUCAGCCUCGCAGGCAAAGCCAAGCGGAAGCUUCUGAAGCACGGGGUAAACCUGCUGUGAGC